UUAAAUUUUUUCUCUAAAAAAGUGACAGCAGGGUGCGCUGUCGUUUGUACUCGCUGUGUAAACGUGAUAAUCAAAAAUGACGCUGGAAGAAGUUGUUGUACGUUUAUCGGAGAGAGCCAAAGCUAUGAAUGAAAUCAUUGAGAGAUCGUAUAAAAUGUUGGAGCAGAUGAAGAAGAGAAUAUAUUCCGAGCAAGAAAAGAAACUAAAAUUGGAAAAUAAGCAAUUACAAGAUGAAGUAGAGAUAUGGAAAUCGAAAUUAAUUGAUUUAGAAACUAAACAUGGUUUAAAACAGAUCCCAUUACCUACAAAUAAAGUAGAAAUUGAACCUGUAUCUGUUAUAACACCAGUUCAAAGCAGUAGUAAUGUUCCAGUAGUUAGCCAAGUAAAAGAUGAGUCACCUCCUAAACAUGACAAAAAUGACAAACCGGGUAAGCCAAAAAAAGUAGAAAAGAAAACUCCAAAACCAAAAGCCGACGGGGACGGAGAUGCACGACUGGUCGACGUCAGUCGCCUGGAUUUCAGAAUCGGGAUCAUUCAGACUGUUUCCAAACAUCCGGAUGCAGAUUCUCUUUACGUUGAACAGAUAGAUUUGGGUGAAGAUAAGCUGAGAACCGUUGUGUCCGGUCUGGUAAAGUUUGUGCCACUAGAAGAAAUGCAAAACCGGUGGGUUGUUGUACUGUGCAAUCUCAAGCCAGCCAAGAUGAGAGGGAUCUUGUCGGAGGCAAUGGUGAUGUGCGCAUCUACUCCCGAAAAAGUAGAAAUUCUGAAUCCUCCAUCUGGCUGUGUUCCAGGAGACAGGGUAUCCUUUGAGGGAUAUCCUGGUGAACCAGACACCUUACUGAAUCCUAAAAAGAAGAUAUUUGAGCAAGUUGCACCUGAUCUGAAAACAGAUGCAAAUUGUGUAGCCACUUACAAAGGAGUACCUUUUGUUGUCAAAGAUAAAGGCAUAAUAAAAGCAUCCACUUUAGCUAAUGUAAAUAUUAAGUAACAUUUCUCUUAUUGUAGAAUUAUUUGUAAUGUUAUAGAUUUAGUUAGGUUUUAAUUUGUGUGUAUCUUAUAAGAUUAAUAUAUUUUUGUGUUUACUAAUAU